CAGUGCAGGUUGCCAUUUUAUUACUUUGAGCUUGAGGCUAAAUAUCUGACAUUUUACAUGAUCAGCUCAGCAGGCUGCUCAGAUUGUUGUCAGGCUUUUUUCUUGUAUUAAUGUGAAGAUAUGUUCAGAUCAGCCACAACAUUAAAACCACUGACGGGUGACAGGACGUUACAAUACAACGUUCUGCUGGGAAACCUGGGGUCCUGACAUUAAUCUGGAUGUUACUUUGACAUGUAAACAUUGUUGUAGGCCAGACACACCCCCAUGGCAACAGGGGCCUCCACAAAAAUUGCUCAGAAAUGACUCCAGGACCAAAGAGAGCCCAAGGUGUUGACUUGGCCUCCAAACUCCUCAGAUCCCAAUCUGAUCCAGUAUUUGUGGGACCUAGGUAGGCCCCCCUCAUGCGGCCUCUACAGCUCUGACCCAUUGGGGAAUGAACAUGGGACAUCUUGGGGUUGUCCUGUGGUGUCUUGUACCGGGACAUUGGCAGUAGAUCCUUUGGGUCAUUUGGGUAUUGGGGUGGGUCCUCCAUGGAUCUGGCUUGUUCGUGUACAUCCCACAGAUGCUGGAUCAGAUUGGGAUCAGGGGAGUUUGGAGGUCAGGUCAACACCUUAGGUUCCUUGUCAAGUUCUUGGAGUCUUUCUGAGCAGUUUCUGUGGUGUGGUGUGAGCAUUGUCCUGCUGCCAUUGGGGGGUGUGCCCGGUCUUCAACAGUGUUUAGGUGGGUGGUACGUGUCCAGAUGAAUGCCAGGACCCAAGGUUCCCCAGCAGAACAUCGUAUUGUCAUGACACCAUUCAUUCAUUAUUCACUUCACCUACCACAGGGCACAGUAAACAAACUACACCUGUUGAGAAUGUGCAAACAUACAAACAGUGCUUCAUUUACCCCCAAACAUUUAUUGUAACUUGCAAACAGUCUUUUCGUUCUUGUGAAACGUUUCUCUCACUUUCGCUAGUAGAAUAAUUUCUGCUUGGAAACAGUUACAGUUAAAAAAACAUGUUUGAGAACAGACUGAAUGUUUUAAUAAUAAAGCCCGGGGCCAGUAAAGGUUUUAAUCUUUAGUAUUUAAGUAGAAGAACUUUAUUUCAAGGUAGGAUCUCAAGUUUCUCUCUCAGGUAAAGUGCACCUAUUAUUUAUUUAUUUAUUUUCAAUGUUGUUUCAUUAGUUAGUUUCAGUUAUUUUAGAGACUGUAACUUGAACUCUGAGUGUGUUUAUACUUGGGUGUAAAGUCUAUGCAGUGCCAGCAGUGAAUAAAUUAUCUCCUCAGCCAAUCAGUGAUGAUUUAUGGCUCAUGGCUUCGCUCCACAGCUGUCUCUUAAACCCGUCACUCAUCCCACUUUCUCAUGUCACAUAAAUGAUUUUCACAAUAAAUUCUCAGCUCUUACCCAAUCCCUGCGAGACACCACGCUCAAGAGUUUUCGAGCAAGCUUGAGCUAAAAGCGCUACACAACAUGCUCAGGCUCAUGCUACACCAUAAUAUGAUCCCUGUUGCACGCUGAAUGGGCAGCAAUGUGUGUGACUGCUGGAGCUUACCUAAUGGGAAUCACACUACAAUAACACGCUCGAUCCUGCUUGCCGGGGUUUCGGGUUUUUACAUGUUUGAUCCACGGAGGCACGACAUACCGAGCCAUGAUCUUGGCAUGUGAUCGCCACCAGCUGUUCAGCCACCGCUACCUCUGACCUCUGACAUCUGAAGUCAAAUCACGCUUGACUUGGUGGGGGCCUUUAUAAGAGGUGGAGACGCUGCGGCUGAAAGAUUGUAUUAGAGGCAUUAGAGCAGCUUUGUGGAAGAAGAGGCUGAAAUUCCUGAAUUGCCACAAAAUACGCCACCAAUCAGUUCACUUACCAGGCUAUCUGUUUCCCUCCACAUCCAGUCUUUAUGCUAAGCUAGGCUAAUCACCUUCUGGCUCUAGACCCUAGGCCCUAGAUAUGAGAGUGGUGUUGAUCUUCUCAUCUAACUCACAACAAGAAAGCAAUUAUUUUCCUUUUCUUUUAGUGUCCAACAAUCAAAAGAGAUUUGUUGCGCUAAAUCUAGCUGCUAGCUAGCUACAAUCCCCACCAACAGCACUAUUCUAAAUUCAAUGUUUUUAUUUCCAGGAGGCUCCUGUUCACACAAUGAAACCCAUGCUCAUACUCCAAGCAUAUGCCCCAUCUCUAUCCCUUUCUGCAUCUUAUUUUUAUCUGAGAUGAGAAACCAAAUGGUGACAGCCAUGAAAUAACGUUUGGCACGCGUCCUUUUGUCAGUCCACCAAUCACUAAUAUCUUUUGUCAUUUCACAACUAGCCAUGGGCCUUUUUCGUGGCACGUUGCAGCAGGAAAACCACAGGUUUAAAUUAUAGAAUUAAUCAUGGCUGAAUUCUGUUUACCUGCUCCGUGUCAUGCUGUCAUGGCAGACCAGAACACCUUAACAAAACAGAGCCACUGUUAAAGUUAGUAGUGAAAAAACAGUUGUUCUUGCUGUUUUUGGACUUCUUUGCCCGUUGGUUGUGCUGUUUCUAACUGUUGUCAACCCCUAUUUUCAUCAGCGACACACUAAACUUUUGUUUUAUCUCACCUGUUUUGUACAAGUUGUGCAUUUUAAACAUGAUCUCAGGGGAUUAUGUAGAGAUGGCACAGGCUUUUAAGGACAUUUCAAGUGUCAUGUCACUGUUUUAUUGAACCAUUGUACUCAGUCUCAGUUGAAAAGACUUAAUUCUGCUCCUCUGUCCUCAAAUAUCAAUCUUCAUUUGUCUUUAUCAGUUAGAAUUGUGACUAAGUAGAUAUCAUAUGAUGUCUCAGAAUCAGUUCUGUAAUUGUAGAUAAAUGCAAACUGCAGUCUAUUAUGUCAGAUUGAUAGAUUUUGUUCUCUAAGGAUGAUCUCCAUUGACUUUUGUUUAGGUUCAAGCUGAAUACCUGCUCUGGAAACCAUCCAACAUAGUUUAAAUUCAGUACUGUAGACAGUCAAACUAAAUUGGAAUGUUUUUUCCCCCUCAUUACAAUGAUCAUUUUCUUCUGCUUCUCCCUUUUUCCUCUUUCUCCAGCAGCACUGAAGUCCUGAAUGUCCUGAACUCAAGACAUGGACCCAUCAUCAGCCUCUGUGGACACCAUGAGAUCAUGUGACAGCGCUGCUCGGAGCUCCAUCCAGCAGGAGCGGUGUACCUGGAAAAUGCAGUUUCCAUAAAAGCCCAUACAAGAUGUCAACAACCACCGCCGACAACAGUGUAGCAGGAGGAACCAAAACCUCCAAAACGUCAAAGGAUCAUAAAAAGCCCACGGCAGCCAUCUUGAAAGGAGCCAUCCAGCUGGGCAUCAGUUACGCUGUGGGAAACCUCAGCUCCAAACCAGACAGAGAUGUCCUCAUGCAGGACUUCUCAGUGGUGGAGAGUGUCUUCCUGCCCAGUGAGGGCAGCAACCUGACUCCUGCACAUCACUACCCAGAUUUCCGACUGAAAACAUACGCCCCGCUGGCCUUUCGCUACUUCAGAGAGCUGUUCGGCAUCAAACCCGAUGACUAUUUGUACUCCAUCUGUAAUGAGCCUCUGAUCGAGCUGUCCAACCCCGGCGCCAGCAGCUCGUGGUUCUACCUCACCAGCGACGAUGAGUUCAUCAUUAAGACGGUGCAGCAUAAAGAGGCGGAGUUCCUGCAGAAGCUGCUGCCGGGUUACUACAUGAAUCUGAAUCAGAACCCGAGGACGUUGCUCCCCAAGUUCUACGGUCUUUACUGCAUCCAGUGCGGCGGUUCCACCGUCCGCGUGGUGGUGAUGAACAACGUGCUGCCGCGAGCCAUGAAGAUGCACUACAAGUACGACCUGAAGGGUUCCUCGUACAAACGCCGCGCCUCACGCAAAGAGCGCGGCAAGUCCUCGCCCACGUUCAAAGACCUGGACUUCCAGGAAAUGCACGAGGGCCUGCACUUUGACCCAGAAACAUACAACGCCCUGAUGAAGACUCUGCAGAGGGACUGUCGGGUCUUGGAGAGCUUCAAGAUCAUGGACUACAGUCUCCUGCUGGGGAUUCACGUUUUGGACCGGAAGCCUCUGAACAGAGGAAGCCGACUGGACAGCAGGAGAGGACAGAAAGUCCUCUACUCCACCGCCCUGGAGUCUAUCCAAGGGAGCGUGAAGGACCCUGAACCUGUCGCUGAUGACGACACAUUUGGUGGAAUUCCUGCCAAACAUAAAGAUGAGAACCUGCUCAUCUUUUUAGGAAUCAUUGACAUCCUUCAGUCCUACAGGUUCAUUAAGAAGGUGGAACACUCCUGGAAAGCUCUGGUGCACGACGGGGACACGGUGUCGGUUCACAGGCCCAGUUUUUAUGCAGACAGGUUUCUGAAGUUCAUGGGCUCGACUGUGUUCAAGAAGCUUCAUCCUUUAAGAGGAGCGUCUUCAAAGAGGAAGAGGGGCUCCCUCUAUGCAGUGAAAUCAGCCUCUCAGGAGGUUCUGUCUCCACAGAAAGAGGAGAAGAAGGAGGAGAAGAAGGCCCAGAGCAUGGACAACCUGGAUGGAAACUUUUACAGUUCCUCCAAACAACCAGAUCUUCUCCCGAAAUCUGCCGUGUCCUUCGAGUCCGGACAAAACAAUCAAGAGGAUGUUGAAAACAGUGAAGAUCGACGAGACUCCAGUUCGACGAUCGCUCUGGACGAUCCUCUGCCGUGUCUCAGCAGAAGCCAAUCAGACUCUGAGCUGGACAUCUACUUGCAUCACACAGACUCACCCAGGCGACUCAGCUGGAGUUGAUCGGUCGUUUGUGUCCAAGCAUCCAUAAACUGUAAGCAGCAAGUAACAUCCACAAACUGAUUUUUACUCAUUUCUUUUUUUCUCUCAUGCUUCUGUUGUGGAUAAGACACUGUUUGAGGAGGUGACGUCAGGUUCUGAUGACUUUCAUCUUCUUAUAACAUUCUUCUUUGUUGGUGGCAGCUCCACUGGCAUCCUGUGACGUCCAUACCGUAUGACUCAGCAGAGUCCCAUAUGUGUGUGUUUCAGCCUGAGAAACUUCCACGAGUUCCCUUUUCUACAGCACUUUCUCUUACAUAACCACAAAAUCCUCAUUCAGGCUUAUUCUUCAGCCCUACAUUAAGCAGUCCUACCCUGUGGGAAGCCUCCAGACGUCGGAGUUAAUCUCAUCUCUGAGCCUCUGACAGAAAACAGUGGAAUUCAUGAGCUAUAGAGAGAGUGAAAAGGAAAGUUAGGCCAUGGAUUUAUCUGCCAGCCUCCACUUGAACAUGCAGAUUGUCUUAAACGAUCUGUUGUUUUUAACCUUUAAAGGAGUGAGUGUGAGGACUAAUCAUGGAUGGAUUUUUGUU